GGGGAGCGGGCUCUGCCUACAGCCCCCGUGAUGCCGCGGGGCCGACCUUGCGGGCCGGGGCGCCGAUCUGCGAUGCUGGGGCCGCCGCCGGGGCCGGGGGCAGCGCGGGACCGAGACCCCCGCCCCGCCUAGCCCCGCCGCGGCUCCGGGGUCGGCGGGAGCAGCCGCCGAGGUCCUGUCCCGAGGAAUGGCUGCCGAUGUCCACAAGAAGAAAAGCUGGGAAGUGCCCAACGGGUCCUUGGCACCAGGAGAUGGGCAGCACGUGGAGCGGUCUGAGAGCCCCACGCCGGGGCUGGCGCAGGGGACGGAGCCAGGGGCGGGCCAGGAGGGAGCCAUGUUCGUGCACACCCGCUCCUACGAGGACCUGACCAGUCCAGAGGACGGGGCGGCUGCGGCGCGGGGGCAGGAGGAGAAGCGUGGGGAGCCGGCGGAGGAGACCAGCAUGGAGCAGAUCAGCAAGGACUUCAGCGAGCUGAGCACACAGCUCACGGGCAUGGCCCUCGACCUGGAGGAGGAGAUGAGGCAGAGCAAGGAGGGGCAGCUGGAGCCAUCUCCGCAGACCACUCGCCGGGACUCGGUGCUGUCGGGCAAGGACGAGGAAGACGUGACCAUGGACACCUGGCGCAUGCAUCGGAAGCACGUCUUUGUGCUGAGCGAGGCAGGCAAGCCCGUAUACUCCCGCUACGGCUCUGAGGAGGCCCUCUCCAGCACCAUGGGUGUCAUGAUGGCCCUGGUGUCCUUCCUGGAGGCUGAGAAAAAUGCCAUCCGGUCCAUCCACGCAGAUGGUUACAAGGUGGUCUUCGUCCGGAGGAGCCCGCUGGUGCUGGUGGCAGUGGCACGGACACAGCAGUCGGAGCAGGAGAUCGCCCAUGAGCUGCUCUACAUCUACUACCAGAUCCUGAGCCUGCUCACCUGGACCCAGCUCAACCACAUCUUCCAGCAGAAGCAGAACUAUGACCUGCGCAGGCUCCUGGCCGGCUCCGAGCGCAUCACUGACAACCUGCUGGACCUCAUGGCCCAUGAUCCCAGCUUCCUCAUGGGCGCCGUGCGCUGCCUGCCCCUGGCCGCCAGUGUCCGGGACGCUGUCAGCACCAGCCUCCAGCAGGCCAAGGCCAAGAGCCUGGUCUUCUCCAUCCUCCUGUCGGGGAACCAGCUGGUGUCUCUUGUGAGGAAGAAGGAUCAGUUCCUCCACCCCAUUGACCUCCAUCUGCUCUUCAACCUUAUCAGUUCUUCUUCCUCCUUCCGGGAGGGCGAAGCCUGGACUCCCAUUUGCCUCCCCAAGUUCAACUCUAGUGGUUUCUUCCACGCCCACAUCUCCUACCUGGAGCAGGAGGUGGACCUGUGCCUCCUGCUGGUCUCCACAGACCGCGAGGACUUCUUCACUGUCUCUGACUGUAAGCGGCGCUUCCAGGAGCGCCUGCGGCGUCGAGGGGUGCACCACGCUCUGCAGGAGGCCCUGCGCACCCCGUUCUACAGCGUCGCCCAGGUGGGCAUCCCCGACCUCCGGCACUUCAUCUACAAGUCCAAGAGCUCGGGGCUCUUCACCAGCCCCGAGAUUGAGGCACCCUACGUGCUGGAGGAGGAGAAGGAAAGGCUCUUGGGGCUCUACCAGUACCUCCACAGCCGGGCUCACAACUCUUCGCGCCCCCUGAAGAACAUCUACUUCACGGGGCCCCGUGAGAACCUCCUGGCGUGGGUAACGAGCGCCUUCGAGCUCUAUAUAUGCUACAGCCCCCUGGGGACCAAGGCCGGCGCCAUCAGUGCUGUCAACAAGCUCAUGAAGUGGAUCCGCAAGGAGGAAGACCGACUCUUCAUUCUCACGCCCCAGACGUACUGACGGGCAUCUCCCAGGGCACAGUGCCGGCCGGGGGAGCCCUCGCUGCGGGGGGAGCCUGGGCUGCGCGUCCAGGGCAGAGGGUGCAGUGGGACCCCGGACUGUGGGGAAACCCACCCGCGGGGCUGGGUGUUAGAGACGGGGUGCGCUGCUGCCGGGGGAAGGGCCGAGCAGGACUUCUCUCAUCCGCAGGCAAUGCCCCCUGCGUGGGGGCUGCCCUUCCUCUGCGGACUCCAGCUCCAUCCCUCGUUGCAGGGGUCCUGGAGUGGGGCUCCCGGUUCCCUGGGUCGCUGGAGGGGAGCCGAGCCCCCAAAUCGUGCUGCCUGUACCUGGCACCCUCCUCUCUCUGCCCCUUGCGGCUGUGCCGAGGGUGCCGCUCCCCAGGAGAGACAUGGCAGCGCUCGGGGGACCCCGGUGCUGCUGUGUCUGCAGAGGGUGGGUGACACACCACCCGGGUGGGGGACAGGGCUGGCCCGGGACAUGCCCUGGGGUGCCGGUGGUCCUGCAGCCCGGCAGGUUUGCCCCUCGGCAUCUGUGCCUGCCCUUCCCGCUGUGGCUGGGACAAGGAUGUCCCCGCAGCUGCAGGGAGGGCAGCGGGGUCCAGCCUGCCUCCCCGCGGGGACACAGCAGCCCCGGGGAGACUCAGGGCACCCACUUGUGGGCUCGUGGUGCUGGCUCCUGGGCAACAGACACUAAAAGGAUGGCUCGAGCACAGCCCCUGAACAUCCUGCUCGUCUGGGAUCCCCCCAGCCCGAGGAGGGCCUUUCCCUUGGCCUGGGGGUGCCUGCCCCCCAAACCCAGCCCUCAAGCCACCCUCGCUGAGCUUCUGGACGGGGGACACCUCUUCCCACCAUCCCCGGGCACUGAUUUGGGGAUGAGCACCCACAAACGCUGCGGCACGACCCAGCCCUGUGUUUUGGGGCUGUGCUGAGUGUUGGGACGGGUGUUUGAGGAGAGGCAGAGCCACCACCGAGACCCUGAGGGAGCUGGGAAGGAGCCGGCAGGGCUAGUGGAGGGACUGUGCUCCCAUAUUUAUGCUCCUGCCAGAUCGUAAUCGCUUGUCGUUGCUCAU